AUGGCACCACCUCAUCCUCUGCAGCAGCUCAGCAUCGAUGAGACAAAUGUCGCUCGAGAUGUCACUCUCAGCCUUCAUGAAGGUGUUGUCAUCGAGUUCAGAGAAAUAUUCCUCCAGGAGCCUCCCAAGAAAGACCUCGUCAAAUUUCUUGACCAAGAGCAUUCAGGACAGGUCUCAGAUGGCACACCGCGACCUGCGCGACUUGCAAAGGUCCAGUACGACGUCAUUAGUGGGAGCAAAGUCCCAGAGUUCCAUGAGUCUGUCAUCAACAUCACGCAAAGAAACAGAGUUGCCCAUGAGGUUGUCAGCUCUGACUAUCAUGCCGCUUUGACAAUGCAUGAGUUUGCGACUUUUGUCGAAGUAUGCCAGAAGUCUCCACUAUACCUAUCGAAGAUCCAAGAGCUUAAGCUACCCGCCGGUUUUGAAGUCGUAAUUGAGCCAUGGCCGUAUGGCGGCAUGGAUGCGACAGAGGAGAACCGGCGCUACUUUCAAGGACUCCUAUUUGCACAGGACACUCGGAGUGGCAAUCCAGACUCUAACUUCUAUGCAUUCCCUAUUCCCCUGAUCCCAAUCAUGGAUUGGACUAAGAGGGAAAUUAUCAAGAUCCUCGAACUUGCAACAGGUGGAAAGGGAGAUAGCUUGACCGCCAGAAAUGAGUCUCUUAAUAUCAUUGAUCACUGUAAAGGCAGCGAGUACGCACCGGAACUGCUAUCAGAGGGUACCAGGUCAGACUUGAAGCCUCUCCACGUGGUACAGCCGGAAGGACCAAGUUUCAAAGUCACCGACGAAAACCUGGUUGAGUGGCAAAACUGGAGGAUGCGUCUGAGCUUCAACACUAGGGAGGGGGCCGUCCUACACGAUCUAACAUACCAAGGCCGCAAUGUUUUGCACAGGCUAAGCAUGAGUGAAAUGACCGUACCUUACGCGGACCCAAGAGAGCCGUACCACAGGAAGCAAGCCUUCGACUUUGGUGACGGAGGAGCUGGCAACUGUGCGAACAACCUGACUCUGGGCUGUGACUGCCUCGGUGUCAUCAAGUAUUUCGACGGUGUGAUCACCGGGCCUGAUGGAACGGGCCAAGUGGCGAAGAAUGUUGUAUGCCUCCACGAGCAAGACAACGGUAUUGCGUGGAAACACACCAACUGGCGCACAGGCCGCGCUGUGGUGACCAGAAGGAGAGAACUGGUCUUCCAGUUCAUCAUUACUCUGGCCAACUACGAGUAUGCCUUCUACUACAUCCUCAACCAAGCUGGAGGCAUCACAGUCCAGGUACGCGCCACAGGUAUCGUCUCUGUUGUCAACAUCGACGAGGGAAAGACAAGUGCAUACGGCAACAUUGUCAGUCCCGGUGCUCUAGCUCAGAACCACCAGCACAUCUUCUGUGUGCGAAUAGACCCUGCGAUUGACGGACACCGCAACACUGUAGUGCAAGAAGAGAGUCUCCAGGUGCCCAUGAACCCGGAAACAAACCCAAGCGGUAACUAUUACGAAGUCGUGCAGACACCGAUCACAACAUCAAGUGGCAUUGAUGCAGACCCUCAGCGACAUCGCAUAUUCAAGAUCCAAAACCGAAACAAGCUCAACCCAGUCAGCGGUAAGCCUGUUGGUUACAAGAUUGUGCCCCCAGCUACGCAGCUGCUGCUGGCAGACAAGAAUAGCAUGCAGGCAAAGCGAGCUCUCUUUGCGCAGCACCAUCUAUGGGUGACGAAGCACAAUGAUGACGAAUUCUAUGCCGGAGGGCGAUACACGCUCCAGAGUUCCAAGGAGGUGGGCGGUGUAGGCGAUGCUGCGGCCAGGCACGACAAGGUGGACAACGAGGACAUUGUGGUCUGGAGUUCUUUCGGGUUGACACACAAUCCUCGCGUUGAGGAUUGGCCGGUGAUGCCCGUUGAGCUUCUUGAGCUUCAUAUCACCCCGUCAGACUUCUUUACGAAAAAUCCGGCUAUCGAUGUCCCGUCGAAUAAGGACUUGAUAUCGAAGUUAUCGGAUGGUUGCUGCGAAAAGUCAUCCGUUCCUAUUCGGCAUGCGAGUAGUCGACUGUAG